AUGGGGCUGCAGAUGCACUUUUGGAAAGAGACACUUCUGAAGGGACUGUGGCCCAUAAAGGACACAUACUGGGACAGGGAAACCCUGAGGGACUGUGGCCAGCAGAUGGCCCUUGCUGGGACAGCAAUGCUGGAAAGUGUGAAGAGGCUUGCAAAAUCAGUGGAAGCAUUUCGUAAAAGUAUAAAGCAGAUAGAUCUGAAACUGCAAGAUACCUCCAGGUCUGAAGUCCACGAAGCUGAUAAAGCAAAGGAGGAAAAGAAGAUUGUACGUUUGCUGUACCCAGACUCAUUUUUGUUCAAACGGUGGGGUAAAGAUUUAAGGGAAGAGGAGCAAACUGUCGCACAGAAUUUGUUCUUAAGUUAUGGGUAUAAUGUUUACCUCAGUGACCGUCUACCUCUGGAUCGACCUAUCAAAGACACCAGAUCUCCCAGCUGUAUAAUGAAAACAUAUCCAAAAGACCUUCCAACACUCAGUGUUGUACUUAUAUUUAUGAAUGAGGCACUGUCAAUCAUCUUACGUGCAAUUACUAGUAUAAUUAACCGAACACCAUCUCAUUUAUUGAAAGAAAUCAUCCUGGUAGAUGAUUACAGUUCAAACGAUGAUCUAAAAGGACCUUUGGAAACACGCAUCAAAAAUUAUGAUAUAAACCAUCCUGGACUGCUGAAGAUUAUCAGACAUCAGAAAAGACAAGGCCUAACACAAGCCCGGAUUUCUGGCUGGGAGGCAUCAACUGCAGAUGUUGUUGCAAUUUUGGAUGCCCAUAUUGAAGUGAAUACUGCAUGGGCUGAACCUAUUUUGUCUCGAAUAAAAGAAGAUCGCACUGUUAUAAUAUCACCAGUAUUUGACAAUGUUCGUUUUGAUGACUUUGAGCUUCUUCAGUAUUCACCGGCUGCAGAUGGAUUUGACUGGGCACUCUGGUGUGCUUAUGAAGCUUUACCAGCUGACUGGUAUGCUCUUAAAGAUGAAACAGCUCCCAUCCGGAGCCCAUCUAUAAUGGGGAUUUUUGCAGCAGAUAGGAAAUUUUUGGGUGAGAUUGGUGUACUGGACAGUGGAAUGCACAUAUAUGGAGGAGAAAAUGUGGAACUUGGCCUGAGGGCCUGGCAAUGUGGAGGUAAAAUAGAAGUGCUUCCUUGUUCAAGAAUCGCUCACUUGGAAAGAGCUCACAAGCCCUACUUGCUGGACUUAAGUGUUGCAAUGAAACGCAAUGCCUUGCGGGUAGCAGAAGUGUGGAUGGAUGACUACAAGAACAUGGUCUACUUUGCAUGGAAUCUUCCAAUUGAGAAUCCUGGAGUAGACUUUGGAGAUGUUUCUUCCAGAAAAGAGCUGAGGAAAAAACUGAACUGUAAAGGCUUUGACUGGUACAUAAAAACCAUUUACCCUAAUUUAAUAUAUCUUCCCAACAUUGUUGGCUAUGGAACAAUGAAAAACACAUUGAAAGAAGAUAUCUGUAUUGAUCAAGGCCCUGUCCCUGGAAACACACCAAUUAUGUAUCCCUGUCAUACAUACUCAUCACAGCACAUCUUUUAUCACACUACUGGAGAAAUGUACAUAGGAGGUUUACAUGCCCAAUUGAAUUCAGCUGAUAGAUGCCUAACGGACCCUGGGAAUGAGGACCUGCCAGUUUUAGAGCAAUGUGACACAGCUGUGAAUAAAGGCCUGAACUUGCACUGGGAUUUUAAGCAGGGAUCAGCUGUAAUCAACAGGAGCACUAAAAGAUGCCUUGAAAUCGCAGCAGAUGAUACAGUUUCACACAGGCUUGUUAUCCGGACCUGCACAGGACAAAGGUGGAAUAUCCAACAUACGGUUAAAGACUGGGGAAAGACAGAAGACCUGGACCAGAAGACACAGCACUCAAAGCAUUGA